UCGCAACUCGUCUCAACACUGUCGCAUCCACCGAACAUCUCCAAUUACUUGACCAUCAUGCCUCCCGCAAUCUCGGACGAUGAGAGAUCUAGCCCUUUUUCCGCUGACGACGACGUUCUACCGCCAAAGAAGCCGGCACCCAAGAAGUCGGCAGCAAAGUCAAAAGCCAAGCCCGCCCAAGAGGAUGCCAUUGACGGCGAGCCUAUGACCGACAUCAAGAAUGGUGACGCCGAAGCACAAGACGAUGAAGACGAGGACAACUCGGACGAGUACGUCGUGGAGAAGAUCUUGAGCCAUGCUCCUGGUCAAGGCAAGACUACUCUAUAUGAGGUCAAAUGGAUGGGCUACGAGAACCCCGACGAUCGCACUUGGGAGCCGGAAGAGAAUCUUGAGGGUGCUAUGGACAUCCUUCAGGCCUACUGGGACAGCAUUGGAGGCAAGCCGCAGCCCAAAACACCCGCAAAGAAGGGCACCAAGAGAAAGUCGACUGCUGCCACUUCACAAGAUACUCCUGAAGUUUCUUCCUCAUCAACAAAGAGACGCGGCCGCAAGGCUCCCAAGACAGAAGAAGCCGCCGAGGAGAAGACGGCCACUCUGCCUGAAGGCUCUUGGGAACACCAUGUCCAAAGCGUCGAUGCAAUCGAGAUGUCCGAGGAAGGUGAACACAAGGGUAACUUGAUGAUCUACCUGCUAUGGAACAAUGGCAGCAGAACUCAGCACACUGCUCUUCAAUGCAGAUCAAAGUGCCCCAACAAGCUCCUCGACUACUAUGAAUCGAAAUUGGUCUUCAAGAACACAGAUGAGUAGUGCAGGUUUUGCGCACCACUUUCUUCACCAGCCACUUUCUUCUUCAGCCACUUCUUCUUCAACCGCCAUAACGACUC